CCGGCAACUAAAGACACUCUCCUCCGCAAAGGAAACACUUGCCUUUACAGCUGAGUUCUGUCACUGUCAUCCAGACAUUAUCACAAUGAGCGAUCUUGUUGCAUAAAGAGGACCCAGAACCGGUCUCAACUUGCGUUGUGCGUUGACGCAGGUCUCGCUCGACAGCAACGCCCAUGGAGUUGUUCUUCCUCGCUCAGCACUUGCAAGUGGCACCGAGGGUGUUCAGCAGAGUCCAGUUGCCACAAGAGUUUCCUUUCGUAAAAAAGAAUGCUUGGCCUUGGUGACUUAUGCCUUCUGGGCACGAUGCGUUUGCGAGGCGGCGAAAUACAAUGAACAUCCGGCUCGUGAAAGGAGCUCGCGUCACUUGCUGGGGACGCUGCGCGCAGAGGCCCGACUCGGCAUGAUGUCGUAAGUGUACAGAGAUCCUCUCCAGCAAAUAAUACGAGAGAAACUUAAGAAUUCUCGCGAUGAAGAGAACAGAGAGGAGAUACACGUCGACAAGGUCGAAGCGGGCUGUAGAAACGUGCUGGUUCCUCGCAAGUUACCACACACAAUGGUGUGCAGAGAGUCGCAAGGUUGAGCGUCUGCUGAUUUCUCGAGCAUUCCGCAUGCAGAAAUACAGAAGGAGACGUGCCGCCCAGAGGCGCGUCCAUUCUGUAUAUUUGUCUCCCUUAGAUGAUGGCCGUUUAAGGCUACUUUUAUGCAAGCGCCACUGUGUCAACCUCCGAAGGGGCCAGAAGACGUGAGAGGCGACCACGGCCACGGCAACAACUCCGAAGCGCUUCGGCGCCCACCCAGAUAUGUGGGAAUUGGAGCGAGUAAAAGACAAGGAGGAAAUAUAGCGAACCCAAGGGAUUGUCUCAGAGUGAAAAUGGGUGAAAGGAACGGUUAAUCGCUCUUGUUUUCUGCAACAAUUUCGAGAGGGGAAACAGCGAGAACCGCGAACCCGAGCUGCAAUGAGGAAACGGCCCUGUGAAGACUCUUAGUGCUCUUGUGGUAGCCCCAUGGCUCUGGACGAAAGCUGUUAUUCAUAUCGGGAGACACCGGCCUCGACCCCUUCAGCUUCUUCGCUGUUUGACUCAUGGAAUGAGGGAGCGGCAUACGACGCUAUGGCCGAGGCCUGCGUCUUGUUCCAGCAGAGGGAGAAGAAGAACGAAACGGGGGAAGGAGGAUUGAAACGAGGAGAAGGAACCUACAAUGAGUUUUCUUUGCAGUGCCUUCUGCAGGGAGAAGAAGGCGAGCUACAGCAAAAGCUCGAUCUUCUCCACCGGAACGCAAUCUGCUUCAGCGACUGCUGGGACGACUACGAGUGGACGGACAUGAUUUUCUUCCAGGAUAAUCGAUCUGCCUCAAAUGCUUUGGACAUGAAAACAAGCUCGAGCUCCAGCAAGCAACUGUCCGUCAGGAUGUACACUGCACCUGACACGAUGAAAGGUCUAUGCGCAGUUCGUUCGAAGGAAGAAGGCACUCUUGUGAAGAAGGCGGCAAGCCGGCGAAAGUGCAACAUGGUCCGCGUCACCGAGAUCGUGUCGUCCUCAGGCAUUCUCGACGUUCUGCGGUGUCUCGGCUUCAGGCAGAUCACUCAAGUGUUUGUGAAGGCUCGAGUGUAUCUUAGUAAAGUGGGGACGCCGAACAGCGCCAUACUUCUCGUUCAGCGUCAUUAUUCGGAUCCCGAGUACAGCUCGCCUUUGUCGCUUCGCAAACGAGGUCGCGCAGAGCCUGUCGGCGGCUGGCUGAUUGAAGCCAAAGCACGCUGUGAGGGAGACGGGCCAGUCGCAGCGACGACCGACUUUAAUCUGUUCAACUACGCUGCAAAUUUCGGCCCGCUCCUGAAUUUAAGGAGGGUCGAGGAUAACGCCCUCGCUGAAGCUGAACGCGAACUUCUCCAUUCUUCUCAUCCCCGUCGGCUGUGAUUUUUCUGCCGCAACAGUGAACAACUCCGAGACUUUGAACAUGCCCUGGGUCUGGGUGUCAUUUGACUAUCUGCGAGUUGCGACACGGUUGAAUGGCUCGUGUUGCGCACGGUCGGACAGAUGGCACAGGGACGUGCUUUCUCAUGUGUUCUCGUCAUGUUUAUCUUUUCAAGCAGGGACCUCUCAGCAAUCCGACCGAAGUUCCUCCUCUGGGACUUUCUCACCUUCCCUGCGUGUCAGUACUUUGCUCUGUCUGUGUGUUUCGUCUCUAAACUUCUGCGAGGUAGGACACGAGUCGUCAGCUCAGCUAAGAGACUUGCUGUUCUCUCGGCAGCGGAGAGAUAUUCUUUUUUGCCUCUCGAUAGACGGUAG